AUGCCUGCUGCCUUCUUCGGGAAGCGCCAGGGGCGGCUGCUGCUGCUCUGCCUCAGCCUCUCCCUCUCCCUCUCGGGCGGGAGCCCCGCAGAUCCAGCUAUGACAACACAAGAUGCCAGUCAGUCUCAGGCAAACUCUUUGACUAAGAUGCAAGCCAGACUUAAUGAAUCAUCUCCUGGUCCAGAUCUUACCACACAAGAGCUCAAGCAGGCAACCAAAGAGAAUGUGUCUAAUGUCACUUUUGUGGAGUAUGAGGUACUUCUACCUGGUGUUUCUGGUACUUCUGUGGAAAAAAAUAUCACUUUGGACAGUGCAGCUAGAAUUGAACUUUCAUGCAGAUUGGACAAUAAAUAUUCUCAUUUGAAAAGUCUUCAAGUGACUUGGAAGAGGGGAAAUGAAACAAUCAGACACAUCAAUAAAACUGAAAACAGCUGGAGCAUCCAAUUGAGGAUCUUGGAUAACAGUAAGAUGGGAAGUUACAGUUGUACUCUGAAAGGUGAAGAAGAAAUCAGCGCUAUGUUUCAUUUACAAGUACCGAAAAUUGAAGGAAAAGAAAAACCCAUAGUCAGUUAUGAAGGAGAUACAGCUGUAAUGAUUUGUAAAAGUUUGGGCUAUACUCCCAUUGCUUGGACUUGGUAUAUGACCAAUGGAAGUGAACAGAUUGCCAUUAAUGACUCUUUGCUGGCAGACAAGUAUGUAAUUAAUAGAAUAUCUGCCAAUGUAACCCAUCUGAAGAUACUGAAGCUCACCACGGAAGAUGAUGGUGUAUAUUGGUGUGAAGCUGCUUUUGAACUAGGGAAAAGUAAAGGAAAGCUGAAGCUUAAAGUUCUAUCCCUCAUGGUGCCUCUCAAACCCUUUCUAGCAAUUGUGGCUGAAGUUGUUAUUUUAGUGGGUAUUGUUUUCCUUUACGAGAUGUAUUCGAAAAAGAAAGAGAAAUAA